GAUAUCGUCUGUGUUUUGAAUCAAUGGAAUCAGAUUGGGAAAAUUUGCCUGAGGAGCUUUUAGAUUUAGUUUUCAAGAGACUAGUGUUACAUUUAGAUUCUUUACGAUUCGCUGUUGUUUGCAAGUCAUGGUAUUGGGUAUCAAAGAAUAAGCAAAUCAACAGUGUUCCAAUGCUCUUGAUUCCCGAUAGACGAAAAGAUACAUGGAAUUUAUGUGAUGUGACAAAUGAUAAGGUCCUCAAAAUGCAGUUAAGAUGGAUGAAGAAGCGAUUUUGUGGGUCUUCAAAAGGAUGGUUAAUAGUUUGCGAUGAAAAUUUUGUGGUAACCUUAAUAAAUCCAUCAUCCAAGGUUAAGGGGAGAAAAGAGAAAGAAAAUUCAAUCGUUCGUCUGCCUCCAUUAGAUCCUCCAGGUCAAUACCGCAGAAGUGUUCAUGCUAAAUAUUGUGAGUAUUUUGUCUACAAGGCAACGAUUUCAGCAGAUCCAAUAUCAAAUGCAAAUGAUUGCAUUGUUGUGGUAAUAUAUGAGCCAAGGUGUGAACUGGCUUUUAUUAGACUUGGAGACGAUAAAUGGACAUACUUUGAUCGAACUGGUUAUGAAAUAUGGUGCCUUUAUGAAGAUAUUGCUCAAAUUGGAGAUAAAAGUUAUGUUGUUACAUCCCGUGAAAGCCAACUACUUACUUUUGAAUAUACUACUCAGCGCAUCUUAAAUAUAAAUCUGGUGGCACCUUGUUCUGAAACAAAAGAAUAUAUGAAGGCAUACCUUGUGGGUUCAAAUGAGGAAGAGUUAUUGUUGGUUCACCGUUAUACUACUUAUACAAAUCAUUGUCGUGUGACAAAUGGAUUUAGAAUUUUCAAACUAAAUUAUGAUACGCGUGAGUGGAUUGAGAAAAAUGACUUAGGUGAUUUUGCUUUGUUUGUGGGUGAUAACUCUUCAAUAUCUGUCGUGGCUUCAAAAAUUCAAGGAUGUGAGUCGAAUUGCAUAUACUUCUAUGCUGAUUGUGAUCGUGUGGUACUAUAUCCUCCAUUUACAGAUUUUGGGGUGUAUAAUGUCAAAAGUCAAAGGAUUUUAAAGUCUGCACAUGCUAAGACCCUGAUGAAGAAGUUGAAGCAACCUCCAAUUUGGUUUUUGCCAUCAGUUUAUUUAUAAAAAAUUGUCACAUUUCUUCUUAUCCCUAAACAUUUUAAGAUAUUUUUUUAGGUUCUAUUUUAAAGAUGUAUAUUCAGUAUUAAAUAUUUGAUAUUUGAUGCAUGUCAAGUGUGGGCUAACAGCCGCAGAGAUUUCACUCUGGAGUUGGCGAGGCAAAUGUUGGAGUAGCAAUUUUUAUUCAUUU